GGGGCCUGGGCAUUUGGUUCUUUUUCUGUAGUUUCUAUUUCUCUGCUAAGAUUCUUUACCUGCCCACUCACAAUUUCCCUUAAUUAUUUGAACAUAUGUGGAAGUUGGUUUCUGUUAACCAUUUUUGUUUUUUCUUACCCUUUGGUUGGCUUUUUGUUACCACCUUUAUAAGAAAGGGAUUUCCUGGUGAUGAUAGUGUCAGAAUUGGGUUAAGCAAUGACACUAAGGAAUGACAAGAAUCUAAUGUCAAAGCAGUCACUUGAAGUGGGGCUGAACAUCAUCUCAUUAAUAGUGGUGCAUAAUGUAUGAUGAUUUUCAGUCUUCAAAGAAGAAAGAAUGUUGCAAACACCUUGGGAAAAAUGUAAGGAUAGUGUCUGUCAUCUUAGUCACUCUCACACAACUAGCAGGAUAUCCAUCCUCAACACCAAAACUCAUUGGCAAGUCACUCAACAUAAUUUUGAUGUUACUUUUUGCCUGACCCACCCAUUAAAGAAUAGAAUUGGAAGAGAAUUUGAAACAUUAACUUUUAACUCCCUGCCUUCCACCAAGUAGAAAAAACUAUCUCCUCCAAUGAUUAAUUUUUUCUGAACAAAAGGCAGCUUCCUUGCAUUCCCUAAUAUAAAGUUAGAUACUUACAGAAAAAUCAACCCAACAGACAGAAAUGAGGAAUCAGCAUUAAUAUUCUGCUGAACGUCCUUCUACAUACUGCUCUAUGCAAAUCCUUAUGCAUGUAAUUUUAUGUGAACAGAAAAUAUACAUGCUUUUAACUCAACAUAUGGUAAAGAUCAUUACCAAUAAAUAUAGAUACACAUAAUCCUUUUUAAUGACUAUACAUUCCAUUGCACAGGUGUACCAAGUUUUAUUAAAUCACUCCUCUAUGGAAGGACAUUCAGUUGUAGAUUCCUGAAAUAAUGAACAUUUUUUCUGCUCUGUGUGUGUGUGUGUGUGUGUGUGUGUGUGUGUGUUUAACAAUUCUAUGUGCUUAUCAAAUUAUGUCUCCUUGGGGCAGUACAUUUCUAUAACAUUAUUUCUGGGCUGAAGGAUAUUCACAAUUUUUAAUAAUUAGUAAACUGUUCCUACCAGGAAGAUUGUACCCCCUCACACUUCCACUAAUAGUGAGCCAAUUUCUCUCUCUUUGGCCCUACUGUAUAUGUGUAGUCUUUCCAAACUUUACCAAUGUGUCAGGCAAAAAGUAACAUCAAAAUUAUGUUGAAUGACUUGCCAAUGAGUCUUGGUGCUGAGGAUGGGUAUCUUGCCAUAUGGUCCUUUCUGGCUUUAAAUGGACAGUGUGUGCAAUAUGCAACAGUCUGGGAUGCAAAUAAGAUGGUCUGUCUUCCAUUCUCCUAACUUUAUUGUGCUGUGUGUCCCUGGGUAAGCCACUCAACCUGUCUAUGCGACAGUUUCUUCAAAUGGAAAUGAAGGACUUGAAAUGGGUGGUUUUGAACUUCCUUUCCUGCUCUAAGGAGGGGAUGGUGAGGAAUGCACUGUACGGAUACACAGUAGAUAACGUGGACUGACAGACUCAGUGCCCCAGCCCCCUCUCCCUUGCUUGCACCUGCUGUAGCAGAUGCUGGAAAUGCUCAAUAAACCUUUUCUCAGCCUCCUUUGGAGCUAAUGGGCAACCGUUUUACCAAGUUCUGGCUAAUGAAACAUGGAGGGAAGUCUAUUGAGGUGCUUGUGGAAAACCCUCUGCUUUCUCGAUAAAAGAAACAUGCAGAAGGCAGGAGUUGUCUCUCCCUCACUAUCUGCCUUCAGUGCAGACUUGACACUGGUACCUGUGGGGGCAGUAUGGUAGCUUUGUACAGCGUCAACUCAGCUGAGCAGGAUCUGUUUUUUUCAGAACCUUGCAUGGUUUCAUAUUAGCACUAGCCCCAAGAGAAAAGUUGCAUGAGAUCUGGAAGGUAGUGGCAAAGCAGCAGCCAUGGUUCUUAUGAUCUGAAGGCUAAUGCAGGGCUACAGGCAUAGUGGUUACUCUAGCACAUAGUUGCUGAUCUGCUGGCUCACCUUGCUGGCAUGAGGCAGCACCCAGACUCUAGCUGCUGCUAGAUCUCCUUCUUUAGUUUCUCCAAGUCCUAAGCCAAGUGGAUGUGCAGCAUGAAGGGUGCCAGGUUCUUCUGCAGUACAUGUGCAUUAUCAAGGUCAGAGGUUAUGAGACACAUGCAGAUCUGUCUUUGUGUAUUCCAGUCAUUCAUGAAUUCCAAUCUGUCCCCACAGGUUCCAAGUCUGUUCUUGCCCUCAUCCACAUCCAACUUUGGACCCUGGUUGCCAUUCAGGCUGACCUAUGGUGACUGGACGCUCAGUAGUAGAACCAAAGACAGCCUUGCAUGAGGGAGACCCCUCCACUAGCUCCCACAGUCAUGUGAGGUCUAAUGCAGCCCCAUACAAUAGAACUUAUGUGACGAUAGAAAUGUCUAAUGUAUGAGCUGCCCAAUGUAACAGCCUCUAGGCACGUGCAUGUACCUACUGAGCACUUGAAAUACACUCGAUGCAACUGAGGAACUACAUUUUUACUCUUAUUUAAUUUUAAUUCAUUUAAAUAGCCGCAUGUGGCUAGUGGCAAUCAUAUUGAACAGCACAGCUCUAGUACUGACAUUUAAUAAAAUCUCUCAUUUUUCAUCACUCAUAGUGGUUCUGUUUCUCUGGUUGAACAGUAACUGAUUAGGCAGUAACUGGCAACCACAUGAGGAAGAGCAUGUAGACAGCAAGCCAGCACGCUAGGAAUGACAGUAGGUGGUAGGCAACCAUUUUUGUUAGCUUGUUUCUCAAACUAGCCACUUGCCAAUAAACUUUACUAGGAAUGGGUCUUUCCCCCAAUGGAUCUUGCAUGGUUAACUGAACUUUUUUAAAAAAAAAGUUAAUAGCUGAACAUUUUCUUUCAAGGCUGAGCUUGAGUAGAAAACAAUGUGCAAUGGUUUCAAACUGUGCUCAUAAACACAAUUCGACACAAUUACAAAGGAACAUUUCUUUUUUUUCCUUUUUUUUUUUUCUAAUGGUUGCUUAAACAAGUGGUUAUCCGUUAUGGUGUUGACAUAGGAAAACGCGAAACGCUGGCAACUGAAUCAAAGCAAUUGUGCAGCAGGCAGCCCAGUGGCGAGCGAGGCAGGACAGGAUUGCCUUUUCACUUCCUCCCAGUUUUGGUCCCGCCCCCUUAGUUUAUCUUCCUGAGAAUGUUUUUUUUUUUUAAAAAAAGGAAAACGAACCUAGUGGUCUUUCUUCAGUCUGUCUUCGUGUCUGUGGUUCCCUCCUUUAACACACCUCACGGGACCGGGGCCUCCUCCUUUCUCUAUUGUUUGGUGAGUCACUUUGCUUUCCCUCUUUUGGCCCCGGCCUUCUGUGAAUUGUGCGCAGACCCCCAAGUGCCCCCCGAACGCCCUCCCAGCCCUCUGCUAGGGCUAAACGCGUCUGAGCCGAGGUCACUGGCCGUGCGGUUCGUAGCACCCGACACAGCGGAAGCAGAGCCAGGAACGCAGCCGGCAGCCCGCGCAUCCCUGCGCUGCGCAGCGCUGCCUCGCCGGGCCGGUCCUCUCCUCUGCACCCCCUCCCCCUCCCCAACGAGGGACUCGCAGUGCCCCCUCGCAGCACAGCGUCCCACCUCCCUGGCAACUCCUGGGCACUAGCCCCGGGACGGCUGGGACAGCGCGCCUGAGCCCGCCCCCCGGGCGGAGGAGGUGGCCCCCGGGGCGCCGGCUCCCAGCCGCGGUGGACGCGGGUCAGCGGAGGAGGCUUGGGCGCCGCCUGGAUGCUGCAGCCUAGCAGCUUCUUUGAGAGCAUCGGGAGACCCGGAGCGAGCCUGCCCUCGGUGCGCGGGGCCCGGAACGGGGCCCUGGACUUGGAUCCCUCUCUUUUCCCUCCGGGUCUUGGAGCACUCCAGCUCUCAGACCCCCCUCCUCCCAGGUACUGGAGGGGAGAGGAGGGCGCAUUCCUCUUCCCGCGCCCCACCAUGGGCAAUAUCUCCAAUGACUCCCAGCAAGAGGACUGCCAGAAUCGACAGUGGCUCCCGUCCGGCGAAAGCCCAGCCAUCAGCGCGGCGAUGUUCUCGGCAGGGGUGCUGGGGAACCUCCUCGCGCUGGCGCUGCUGGCGCGCCGCUGGAGGGGGGACGCGGGGCGAGGGGCCGGUCGCGGGAACCCCAUCUCCUUGUUCCACGUGCUGGUGACCGAGCUGGUGUUCACCGACCUGCUCGGGACCUGCCUUAUCAGCCCUGUGGUGCUGGCUUCCUACGCGCAGAACCAGACCCUGGAGAAACUGGAGCCCGAGACACGCGCGUGCACCUACUUUGCCUUCGCCAUGACCUUCUUCAGCCUGGCCACGAUGCUCAUGCUUUUUGCCAUGGCCCUGGAGCGCUACCUGUCCAUUGGGCAUCCCUACUUCUACCAGCGCCACGUCAAGCGCCGAAGCGGCCUGGCUGUGCUGCCUGCCAUCUACACUGUCUCUUUGCUCUUUUGCUCUCCUCCACUGCUGGGCUUCUCGAAGUACGGCCAGUACUGCCCCGGAACGUGGUGCUUCAUCCAGCACCAGCAGACCGUGUACCUGAGGCUUUACGCCACCCUGCUGCUGCUUCUCAUCGUCGCCGUGCUGGCCUGCAACUUCAGCGUCAUCCUCAACCUCAUCCGCAUGCACCGUCGGGGCAGGAGGAGCCGCUGCGGACCCUCGCUGGGCAGCUGCCUGGACGGUCUUGGGAGCCGCAGGAGAGGAGAGAGGGUGUCCGUGGCAGAGGAAACCGACCACCUCAUUCUCCUAGCUAUUAUGACCAUUACCUUCGUAGUCUGCUCCUUGCCUUUCACAAUUUUUGCAUAUGGGAAUGAAUCCUUUUCUCUAAAAGAAAAGUGGGACCUCCAAGCUCUUAGAUUUUUAUCAAUUAAUCCAAUAAUCGACCCUUGGGUCUUUGUCAUCCUUAGACCUCCUGUUCUGAGACUAAUGCGUUCAGUCCUCUGUUGUCGGGUUUCUUUAAGAACACAAGAUGGAACACGAACUUCCUGUUCUACCCAGUCAAAUGCCAGUAAACAGACUGACUUUUGUGGACAGUAGUUAAGAAGUGCUAAGUUAGCCAGCAUCUGGAAGAUCAUUUUGAAAUGGUUCCAUGAAGAAAUGAAGAGAGUUAGUUUAUAAACAAAAUGAAGCUACCCUAAUAAAACAGAGUAAACAAACAUUCCAGCUGUGAUUUGCACUACAGAGGUGCUGAGAAGGCACUUUAUGGAAGGUGUCAGAAGGACCGAUAAAUUUUACCCUUAAUGAGCAUGUUAAUGGCUUUUAGAGGAACAACCAAUUGCAUUUAAGAUCUGGUUGCCUUUUGAUUAAAGGUUUCCUGCUGAACAGAGAAA